ACCCUGAAUCAUUCUGCAAACUAUUAUAUUUAUGGGGCCCUUGGCAUAUGCUCAUGCAGAUGAAGGUAGGUCCUUUGUCAAGAAGCUGUACUCAAAUACUGGUUACUCUGUCCUAGUAUAAUAUAUGAAGGAAUUGUAGUUCCAUUUCAUGCAUUCACAUGGCCUAGCCUUCAGUUUUUAGAGAAAUUAUUAGGUAAAAGGAGGGGUUUUGCAGUCGGUAGUAGGCUUUUUUCUCUGGGUGGCUCCUGGCUUCAUUCUAGUGCCAUUCAUUCACUUUGCAUAGAGAAAUUUCAACUGCCACAAAUCCCACAAUGGGGGACAGCCCCAGAGUAGAACCUGAGUUUGUCUUGGUUUUAGGAUGACUUGCUCCGAGAUCCCAGUAGUUUAACCCUCGAGGAGCUUCGGAAUGGUGCUGAAGCCUCCGACCAGAUUCAUGUUUGCAGGAUUUUGGUAAACUAGAAGGCCAUGAAUUCAAAGAAAUCUGUUCACAACCUAGCCGAAACAAUUCAUUCCCUGCUGGGAUUCAAGUCCCGUUUAAAUUCUACUUGGGUCAAGUCAGUUUGUGAUAUAAUAAAGAAUAUACCACAUGAAGGAUCAAUUGGCAACAAGUGUGAGGAAUCUGCGACCGAUAGCUCCAAGAUAAAAGAAGAACUUGCUGCCUUAACCGACUGCAUAAACCAAUUGAACAUACAGAGGAGGCAGGUCUUGAAUGAUUUGUUGGACUUGAAAGGGAACAUUCGUGUUUUUUGCCGUGUGAGGCCCUUCACGUUGGGGGAACAUAUAGAACGUUUAGGACCUGUCGUAGCUUUGGAUACAGGUAGCCUCCUUCUAAAACUUGCUGAUAACAAAAGUAAAAGAUACACCUUUGACAAAGUGUUCCACCCAGGUUCCUCGCAAGAUGAAGUUUUUUCAGAGGUUGAACCGGUCAUCAAAUCUGUCGUUGACGGUUACAACGCAUGCAUUUUUGCAUAUGGUCAAACGGGAACUGGAAAAACCUUCACAAUGGAAGGUACUUCAGAUUCCCCUGGAAUUGUGCCCCGCACGAUUGAGGCUUUGUUCAAGCAAACCGCGGAGAGUAACCAUACUUUUCUCGCAACUUUCAGUAUGCUUGAGAUUUAUUUAGGAAAUCUCAAAGACUUACUUGUACCACAGCCUAUGAGGCCAACAGAUCCUCUGCCACCGUGCCUUUCAAUUCAAUCAGAUCCCAAGGGAGCAAUCGAAAUUGAGAACCUAGUUACCAUCCAAGUAAGCGACUUCAACCAAGCUUUAAAGCUGUAUAGAUUAGGAUGCCGACUCAGAUCAACUGCCUCCACAAAUUCAAACGCAACUUCAAGCAGAUCCCACUGCAUGAUUCGCAUCUCAAUUACUUGCUUCAAUGCUCCUGAGAGGCGACGAGAAACAAAUAAAAUUUGGUUAGUUGACCUUGGAGGAAGUGAGCGUGUGAUGAAGACGAAGGCAUGGGGUAGAAGACUUGAUGAAGGAAAAGCCAUUAAUUUGUCUCUUUCUGCUCUUGGAGAUGUAAUAAAUGCUCUUCAAAGGAACAAGAACCACAUACCAUAUAGGAACAGCAAGCUGACACGGGUUCUUAAAGAUUCCUUAGGUGAAGAUUCAAAAACACUGAUGCUUGUACAUGUCAGUCCCAAAGAAGAAGAUCUAUGUGAAACAAUAUGUUCAUUAAAUUUUGCAACAAGGGUGAAAAGUGUUCAUUUGGGGCAUGAGGAGUCCAAUGAGGUAAGAAGCCACAAGGAAGCUGUUAUGAAAAAUCUGCAGCAGAAGAUUGAAAAGAUUGAAGAUGAACGCCAACAUAUGAGAAGAAAGAUAAAAAGGUUAAAAGACAAAUUAGAAGGUCUGACAAGGACGGGUCUAUCUUUGGAAGAGCAAGUGCAGCUUUCUCAAUUAUCUACCGAAGAGCCUCCUCCUGACCUUGACUUUACGAAGAACAGGAUUGGAAAUGUCAUAACAGCUCUCCCAUCACAACUGCCUAGAUUUAUGAGAUCAACUAUUUGCAGCAGACGAAAAUCUGGGAAGGAGCAUCAAACAUCAGUUGGGAGAGAUCCAGUUCAUUCAAGAAGGAGAAGACAAUCAUCUCAGCGAGCUGAGUCAGUGACUUUCCCAGUGAAGAAUAAUUCAGAAUGCAACUCUGACCGCAGCAUUUCAAGAUCUACAUGUGCAGUGGAAUUGAACAUGAAAGCUAGUAUAGAUAAUGACACAGAAUACAGCCAAGACACAUCUGAGUUUGAUAUAAAAAUGGUUGUAUUCCCAGAGCAGAAUAUAUCACAAGUAACAUCCAAUCAUCAAAUGACGGCCCAGGUUGGUCACCUUGAGAAAAAUGGGAGUAGAAAAUCAAACAAAUGUUGCUCCACAAAAAUUUUGAAGGUUGAUCAAUGGCUUGACUUACGUAAAAGUGAACCUAGUAUUAGUGGUUAUGCUCCAAGGAAUGACUGGGUUUUAGACAUUCCUAUCUCAGAGAAGAAACAAAGGUCAAAUGGACAGAAAAAGACAGAGAUAUUAUGGAAUGAGAAGGUGUCUACAUAUGACUUUGCAACGCAAAGGAUUCACAGCAAAAAGGAGAAGCGGGCUACUUUAGAGGUAGCUGGAAGGUCUGUUUCUGAAAGGGUGGUAGACAAACCACCAACGUUAAAGGAUUUAUUUGUUGAGGAAUCAAUAUCUAAUUUCAUUUCUCCACCUCAUGCAACAAGAGGCCAGACAACAGAACACCCACAAGACUCACUAGAUGGCUUAUUGAUAGAGGACAACCAAGGUGGCAGUCUUUCUCCACCUGAUUUUUGCUGCGAUGGAUUAGAACAAUUUGAUAAUGAAAAUGAAUUCUAUGCAACACCCAUGGUGCAGGCAAUAAAUGACACAGCACAAUCUUCAGACAGUUCCAUGCUAAAGAACAGCAGGUACCAGUUUUCUCCACCGGACAUGGACAAUUGGAUAAGCAACUCACAAGAAAUUUUUGAUGUUUCGGCCCUAGCAUCAGAGCUGGAAUGGUACCAUGAAAAAGCACCCAGCAAAAUGGCUACAGAAGUUGGUGGAAAUGAGGACGUGUCUGCCUUAUCUCAAUCCUCACAAAAAGAGAUUAGACAAAACCUGUGCAGACUGAAAUCUCAAAGAGCAUUAUCUAUGGAUGACAUAAAACAAAAAGAUCUCAAGAUGCCACUCAUAGAAUCACAAGAAAUCACACAGAACAAAGGAGCAUGUUAUAUCCUUAAACAGAAAGUUCAGAUUUCAUGGGCCAGUGCUCUUCUAGGAUUGGGAUUCCUCGACUUAGGAUUCGAUCAUGACUUCUUCUAUGGUCUAGUGCUCUGAAGCAGCUGCAGUACAUGACAGAAUGACAUUAAGGAAUUUCUACUUAAUUCACAUUAAAGUUGGAGGUUGAGCAAUCAUUAAGAUUGAAUGUUUGCACAUAACCUAAAUGUUCCAAUCCUGCUCUUGCAUCUGCUAAGGUUUUAACCCCAAUAGGACAAUGCAGCAUCUAUUCAUAUCUGUGCAAUAUGGAGGUGCAAUGAGAUUGUUCUCACUUCAUCUCAAAUGUCCUAAACAAUGUCUGUUUCAAACUCUUUAGCUAGAACUCUGCUGCAAUGAAACGAAAAGUGACAGUUCUGGAUGUGCACUUAGUAGGCUGAAAAGGCUAUGUGGUUGCUGUAAAUAUGUAUUUAUAAAUUAAAUUCAUAUAUAUAGGUAUUCAUUGGGCUCA